AUGCUUUCCACUCCUCUUCGUCGUUUUCCGGCUUAUGAUGCCUUUCCUUCGAGCGACGUGCUGUCAGAGGGCCAUGCUCCCUCAAAUCACAUGCACAGCUCGGGUCCAGACGCUCUCGCGCACAGCUCCCAAUACGCGCCCCAGCAAUCCCAACCGCAUGUGGAUGCCCACCAGAAUUCUCCACUCCCUCGAGGCUAUAAUGUCAGGUAUCGCCAGCCUCCACAAGGGGCCGCGCUAAGAAUUGGAAAAUCUACUCACGGGACAGGUGCCCCCAUUCGGCGGCGAAUUAGCAGAGCCUGUGACCAAUGUAAUCAAUUGAGGACGAAAUGCGAUGGCCAGAGCCCGUGUGCUCACUGCAUUGAAUUUGGUUUAGGCUGCGAAUAUAUACGUGAACGGAAGAAACGAGGCAAGGCCUCACGCAAAGACCUUGCACAACAGGCUGCGGCAGCAGCUGCCAAUGGACAAAAGCCUGCUACCGGUCUAUCAUCAAAGGACCCUUCAGUAAUUGAGCCACGGAGCGAGAAUGUAUCGUCGGCUGCACCGCUUGCGAAUGACGGCAGUGUCGCUUUCCAGCGGCCACAGGCAUCAAGGUCCUUGAGUCUGAAUACCAACGAACUCGAUGGUGAAACCCCUACUAGAGGAGUGUUGACAGGCAGAAUACGCGCUGGUAGCCUCGACAGCCUUACAGACAUGUCAAACGGGCACCAGCCUCACAUGGCUAGUCGUCUCGAAGCCGAUCAAAUCGGGAGCCCCGCGUCCCUGAGUAUCAACGGCUAUUCAAGCAUGCAUGGAUAUAGACCCGCUCUGAACCCCCACAUGAUGAACGGCAAUGGUCAACAUUCAAGCCUCAAUGCCGGACAGGGCUCUUUAUCCGGACCCUAUACAGAUCUCCCUUACGCCAUCCAGGCCCAGAGCCCAUCACAUUAUCCGGGAAAUACUCCGGGAGGCUUCCGUCUAAACGACAGCCCCCUCCCUCGCUUCACUAUGGGGUCUGAGACAGCUUCUCCAGGCGGAUGGAUGUCGUUGCCAUCACCAUCUAAUCAGUAUCACAACCACGUGACGCACCAUAACUUCAAUUCCACGCUGCGAUACCCGGUCCUUGAGCCUCUUAUCCCUCACCUCGGGAAUAUCAUUCCUCUACCCCUAGCGUGUGACCUGCUGGACUUAUACUUCGCCAGCUCGUCAUCUGCCUUCAUGCACCCGACAUCACCAUACGUCCUUGGAUACGUCUUUAGAAAGCGUUCCAUCCUUCACCCAACCAAACCCAGACAGUGCAGCCCGGCAUUGUUAGCUAGUAUGCUGUGGGUCGUGGCCCAGACUAGCGAUGCAGCUUUCUUGACGGCAUCGCCCUCAUCGCGGGGACGUAUCUGUCAAAGACUCCUGGAGCUUACUGUAAAUCUACUCAGACCACUCAUCCAUGGAUCGCCUGCUAACGAAUCACCACCCAACUUCUCAAACACCGUUAUCAAUGGGGUUGCACUUGGGGGUCUCGGUGUCGCCAUGCCCGGGUCUGUUAAUGCUGAUGGGUUAUCAAGUGAAACUGGGGCAUUUGGAGCAGCUGGUACAUUGGACGAUGUUGCGACGUACAUCCAUCUUGCGACUGUUGUAUCUGCCAGUGAAUACAAAGGCGCGAGCCUGAGAUGGUGGAACGCUGCUUGGUCCCUGGCUAGGGAGCUCAAACUUGGAAGAGAGUUGCCUCAGCAGCCCCCGAUGGCGCCACAGCAACACAGCGGAGCCGAUAUUGAUGCCGAUGGAGAAGUUGAUGACGAUGUACCGAACACGCCAGGUCUGAUUACGGAGGAAGAACGAGAAGAACGAAGAAGGAUCUGGUGGCUGGUUUAUACGGUAGAUCGUCACCUCGCGCUUUGUUACAACAGGCCACUCUUCCUGUUAGACAUUGAGUGUGCUGGCCUUCUCCAGCCAAUGGACGACACGUUGUGGCAGGCUGGAGAAUUCUACACUGGUGAUUCAAGCAUUCAUAUUACUUCCCCAAGUGGCACACCGCGACUUAGAAGGAGAGGACCUAACUUUGAAUGUACCGGGCAUAGCAUAUUCGGCUACUUCUUACCCCUGAUGACGAUACUCGGAGAGAUCGUAGAUCUCUACCACGCCAAGAAGCACCCUCGAUUCGGUAUCGGCUUCAAAUCUGCCCAGGAAUGGGAUGACCACAGCAGCGAAAUCGUCCGUCAACUAGAUGCCUACGCUCAAAGCAUCAAAGACUUCGAGGCGCGCCACCUCAGCCAGCCACCGCCGGUCGAAGCUUCGACCGACCCAACCAUGGAAGGCAUCUCAGAAACACACGACCUUGACCACAACACCAGCACCCCGUCAGUUCACUCUAGCCAUUCCGGCCACUCGCCCAAGUCCAAGCGCAACCUCGAAGCCGACAUCCAGACCCGCAUCGUAGUAGCCUAUGGCACGCACGUGAUGCACGUCCUCCACAUCCUCCUCGCCGGAAAAUGGGAUCCCAUCUCCCUCCUCGACGACAACGAUCUCUGGAUCUCGUCGCAGAGCUUCAUCACCGCCACCGGCCACGCUGUCAGCGCCGCCGAAGCAAUCGAGAACAUCCUCGAGUACGACCCGGGGCUCGAAUUCAUGCCCUUCUUCUUUGGCAUCUAUCUGCUCCAGGGAAGCUUCCUGCUACUACUCAUCGCUGACAAGCUUCAGGUCGAAGCCUCUCCCAGCGUCGUCAAAGCGUGCGAGACCAUCGUCCGCGCCCACGAAGCCUGCGUCGUGACGCUCAACACCGAGUAUCAGCGCAACUUCCGCAAAGUCAUGCGCUCCGCCCUAGCGCAGGUUAAAGGCCGCAUGCCCGAGGAUUUCGGCGAGCAGCAGCUGAAAAGGAGGGAGGUCCUCGCGCUGUAUCGAUGGACGGGCGAUGGGACGGGACUGGCGCUUUAG